AACAGAUCUACACUGUUUCAGACGAGUAACCAUGUGACUGUGUGCUGGAUGGGAUGAUCUCUCUCGCCCUCGGGGUGCCGCUCACAGUGGUCACUGUUUUAGGUCUCUUCCUCAACGGGUACAUCCUCAUCGUUGUCAUUUUCAGCAAGCAGAUCCACACAGCCAACAAUCUGCUGCUGCUCCACCUAGGAGUGGUGGACUCCCUGCUCUGCUCCAUGUUCCUCGUAUUCUCCGCUCCCUCGCUGCUGCGGGGGUGGACCAUGCCCUGCACUCUCCACGGGUUCCUGUUCACCCUACUCCACCCCGUGGCUCUGUGGACAGUCUGUGGGCUCAACUGUGAUCGCUACUACGCUAUAUCUGCCCCCCUCCAUUAUGGGGCUCUCGUCAGCCCCAAGAAGGUCACAAUAGGGCUCGCUGCCACAUGGUUAUUGGCACUUCUUCUGUGCAUCCCUCCACUGUUUCGAGUCGCACCCUACAGCUACCACACAGCGCUCGCCGGCUGUGCACCGGACUUCACAGCGGGACACGCGGCUCUAUGGUACUACGCCGUCUACACCACAUUCACUCUUCUGCUACCUGCAGCCCUUAUCCUCGGCUGCAACCUUAAGGUAUUGAUGAUCGCCCGUUAUCAUCGACACCGCAUCGCCAGCGCCAUUUUUGAGGUGACACUAUCGGCCCAGGUGACGAUCACACACCAAAGGAAUCCAUUUUUCCUCCCAGGAGGCCUGACCAGCAAGUUCCGAGGUCGCAGUGCGGUAUCCACCGUGCUACAACUACUCGGUUCCUUCUUCGUCCUCUACUUUCCGUACUACGGUGUCAUAGUGUGGGAAUCAUCCGCGAGCACAUUCCUCGUCGGGAAGGAUUUCUACACCAGAGUGCAUCCUCAUCUGAUCACCCUAGCGUCGACCCUGCUCACGUGCUCCCCUCCCGUGAACGGUCUCUUGUACGGAAUCAAAAGCAAGGUGUUGAGGAAGUCCUUUCAGAACUACUGGAGAAAGCAGAUGUCUAAAGUCGAGAUCAACCACGAGAUCCAAGCUAGAACCCCUUCUGCCUGUGGAUCGCGGAGGCCGUCUUUGACACCUUUAGGGAUUCUGACACGACCUACAGGAUCGCUUUUACAGAGAAGACUCUCCGAGGCCUUCAUAGACUCGAACAGAUCUGCGCAGUCCUCUCCAAAGUCGAAGAUGACUAGGAUAUCAUCUGAGUUGUCCUGGAGACCUGUGUCUACCUCGGGUCUGGGCCUCACGUUCGUGGGGUCCGACAUGGAAGGCGACACUCUGAAGCGCAACCAGUCAAUACGUCCUCAACACGCCGCCAGCUUCAGCACUCUCCAAGUCCCUCACAGUGAGCAGGACAAGUUGAGGAAUGAAGAGCUAAUCAGAUCCUUCAGAAUCGCUAUAGCCAGCACUAAAAACACUGAGGACGAUUCUAAAAGCCCUGGAAUAAUUCGUCCCGUGCUCAAAUCCAGCGUUAGCAACACCAGCUUAUUCGUACAACGAGUCCUGGGAGCCGGGAAUAUCCGGUUCAACCUCAAAGACAAUACCCCCAGUGUUCCUCAAACUAGACGAUCACCUCGUAUCCUCAUAACGAGGGCUUUCUCCGAAGAAUCUGAGCCUAAAACGCCCAGCUCGCCCGGAACUCCCAACCGGAAGGCCGACCUGGGCAAGAAACAUUCCGUCUCCGCCACCACACUGAUUUGUGACAGAAAGUGGAGGAAGAGUAAAAACAACGUAGCAUUUCUGGACGACUUUUACCAAAAGGACUUGCCCUCGCCGGGUGGAAGCAGUGUUUCCUCCAAUGAGGACCAAGAAGGUCUGAAAGGAUUCCCCCGCUCUAGCGGUCUGCUGUCCCCUGAUGACGGAAAUGCAAGUGAUGGAGGUGACAGCAUAGUCUGGAUGAAAGGCUCGCCUCAACACGUCCCGCUGAAGCAAUCUUGCAGCAGUGAUGACAGUGACAGUGCGAUGAACAACAGUGAGCCUAAAACCGACAGUAGUGUCCUGCAGUCGUGGCCUUGUGCCAGUAACAGGAAGCUCCACAAGUUGCCGCUAUCAGGCACGAUAUCGGAUGAGGACUCUCCCCCGGCCCAGAGAGUCCUAAGGACAUCUUGUAGCUUCACGGGCCUCCAUGACACAUCCGGCUCCUAGUGGGAAUGGGUGCCUAGAGACGCGUCUCAUACAAAUUAUGUUUAAGGGCUUUUGGUGUUUAUAGCCAUUUUCUGGUGGUGAUUUGUUCCUCAAUGUUUCAACCAGCCGGUGGAUUUUUGCAACUUAAUCUGUAAAAUAGUAGACUAUGUUGUUGUCUGAAGUUUGGCUUGGUAUAACUAACACAAUUGUUCAUAUGUGGCACUUUUAGAACCAUGUUGAUAUUCAGUGCAAAACCUACUGUGAAAGCCAAAGGCCAUUUGGGUAUAAAAUAUUUGUACAGACCUUCACUGACGUAUGUUUGUCAGAUAUUUUAAUUUUUUUUACCCCAACGCUUAAAUUGCAUUUAUUUUAUGAUUGAACCAAUUUACAGGCCGAUAUAAAGUUUGAAAGCUUUAGAGUGCUCAAGAACAAUGAUAAUAAAUAAUUAUAUUGCAAAGUAAUUGUAAUAACAGCCAUUAUUUAUUGAUUUUUUUAUAUGCCCAUAAUAUAAUGUUACAAUGGAAAUACAACAAAAUAAUUUUCUUAAAGAAUCAAUGGUGAACUUAGUGCCACAGAAGUAAGUGUAAUUCAUCGAUUGUCGCAGAAGAUUUCUUGUGAUUAGAAUAUCAUUUGACUGAACAUCUCGAUUUUGUAAAGAUUUCAAAAUUAUUAUAUUUCUUUUUAAUUGUCACUUACAUUAAGAUAUCUUAGUUGCUCUCUCAAUAGUGUUGCUUUUGGAGUUAUUAAGUUUAUUUUGAGGCGAGUAUAUAGUUUUCAUUUUCAUAAUGAAAAAAGUAAGACUUUUGAAAUUGAAAUACGUUUUAAUGUUGAAGAAUGUGCAGAGAGCAAAAAAAUUAUUUCAAUGCACUGAAUUGAAGUAAUGUAUAUGAUCAAUAUGGUACUACAACAAUUAGACAACUACCACAAUAAAUAAACCAAUACCACAGUUUAUUGAAGGAGCCGACCUAACGUAACGAAAUAAGUAAUUCGGGUAUACAGACGACUGGACUACCCUUCCAGUUGUUGACCAUAAACUACAUAUCUUUGGAAUAAGAGAAUUUUCUUUCACAAAAUUCAGGUUUCUAGGGCUUUUCAAUCAAAACAGCUAGAAGGGUGGGCAGAGAGAGACAGAUGGAUUGCCCUUUGACCUUUUACCCUUAAAUUCAAUAGCGUUCUUCUUUGGACCAAGAAGCACCGAUUUACCAAGUUUUGUGUCUCUGCGAUCUUUCUGUGCAGAGUUACACACUUAUGGGUAAAUUGACAUACAGACAGGUGGAUUGCCCUUUGACAAUUUGACCUUAAAUUCAAUAGCGUUCUUCUUUGGACCAAGAAGCACCUAUUUACCAAAUUUUGUGUCUCUGCGAUCUUUCUGUGCAAAGUUACGCACUUAUGGGUAAAUUGAUAGACAGAGAGAUGGAUUGCCUUUUGACUUUUUGACCUUAAAUUCAAUGGCGUUCUUCUUUGGACCAAGAGGUACAUAUUAACCAAGUUACACACAGAGUUACACACUUAUGGGUAAAUUGAUAGACAGGCAGAUGGAUUGCCCUUUGAACUUUUGACCUUAAAUUCAAUAGCGUUCUUCUUUGGACCAAGAGGCACAUAUUAACCAAGUUUUGAGUCUCUACGAUCUUUCUAUGCAGAGUUACACAUUUAUGGGUAAAUUGAUAGACAGACAGAUGGAUUGCCCUUUGACUUUUUGACCUUAAAUUCAAUAGCGUUCUUCUUUGGACCAAGAGGCACAUAUUUACCAAGUUUUGUGUCUCUACGAUCUUUCUGUGCAGAGUUACGCACUUAUGGGUAAAUUGAUGGAUAGAAAGAUGGAUUGCCCUUUGAACUUUUGACGUCAUAUUCAGUAGCGUUCUUCUUUGAGAAUAGAAGAACAUUUGUUCCAAAUUAUAGGAUUCGUGGUAGGUCCUUUCUAUAAAGAUUUAUCAUACAAAAGGAUGGACAUCCUUUUCCCCAUAACGCAGUACGUUAGGGAGAAAUGAUUCAAAGUGAACAUUCCCUUUGUAAUAAGAAGAAUCGUUUUUGGGUCCAUAGUAAUUCGUCAGUAGAUAUUAAAAAUUCGCAAAGGCAAAAAUUUACAAAUUUGUGCUGAACUCAUCGUACGUUUCAGCCUACCAGAACUAGCAUUUAACCCUCCUCAACCUAAUAAGUUAGCUUAUUAAAAUGUAUCGAAAUAUACUGGUUUUCAUUUACAUAUUCUAUUAGAUUAUGAAUGGAAUGUAUAUGUUGCUUAAAGUUAUUUUGUGUUCUAAUUUGUAUUUUAAAUUAUUUAAGCUUUAUAUGAUUUACUAUUUAUAUUUAGAUUUAUUUUUACCUACUUUUCUGGCACUACUAGAAUAAUUGUAAAUGCUUACGAGGAGUUCUCUCAUUCAUAUCUUUUGAAAAAAUCACUUUUUAAUAUUGUUUCUAAAGUUUAGCAGACAAUUCUAAUGUGUGAAAAGAUAAAUUAUUUUAAAUUCAACAAUUCACUUUACAUGGGUCAAUGAAUUACUUUAUUAUUCAUGUGUAAUGAUAAGUAAUAUAUUAUUACUAUGGGUUUAGAAAGCAAAGAUAUGUAUUCACAAAGUAAUAUGGUUACGAUGAACAUGUUAGUUUAACUACACGAGUAAAACAAUAUAUUAAUUAGUAUACCGGAGAUGAAUGUGUUAGCUGCUAACUGUAAUAUUUAGUAAUGAUUUUUUUAUGAAUGAGAUAUUAGAUUUAUACCUUCGCAGAGCAAGCUUCUUGAGUAUGAUACCUUGAUAACUGCAACGACUGGAAGUAAAUUGAGAUUUGCUUAAGGUAAUAAAAUACGAAUCAAACUGUAGUAAAAACGUAAAAGUAAUAUAUUAAAAAUAAUAUAGAAAUGUUAUAUAAUUUGUAAAAAAAAUUUGUUAUUUUUUAAUAUGUCAGUUGAAAGGAGAGUUAGUGAUUGUGUUAAAAAAUAAUAAAAGUAUUUUUUUUUUUGUUUUUUAAACUUAGCCUAUACGAUCUAUUUUCUAUACAUAUCAUCUGAAUAAUAUUUAUUUCCAAAACUGGUCGCGAGACCGCUGGCGGUACGGAUCUGUUUACCCUAGACAGUUUUACUGUCCAACAAAUAGUUGUGCCUAUUUCAAAUACUUAAGCAAAUUCUUGCAGAUGUAAAGAUCUUUAGACCGUUAGAUAACUGUCUCUCAACGCGUUGGAUUUAUGCUUUAGCCAAAUAAUAAUACACAAAUUUAAAAAAACUCUGAUGAAUACUAAAAUAUUAAUCGAACACUUAAUUUCCUCGGAAUUCUUAGGUACUCAAGUUUAAAAGUAGGUGGUAACAAAAGUAACACAAGUAGGCUAUACAUUUUUACGUGAUUUACAAAGUAAAGAACACUUUACAACUGUCCAGAUAUCAUGCUCAACAAGAAAGGAGUUCUAUUAUUGUUACACACUAUUUGUACAGUGUUAUACAAAUGGCUGGGCCAACGUUCAAGACGGUUAGAAAAUGUAUGUUAGUUAUAGUGUGUAUAAAACAACAGUAUUGUAUGUCCUGUAUAUCUGGGAAGCUUUACAAAUUCUGUUUUGUUACACUGAUCUGUACAAUAACACUUGCGCAGAUCAGUUGAAUGGCGUCACAUAGCCAAUGUAAGUAUUACAGAAGCUGAAAUCUUGCCAGACAUACAACUCUUAGUACUUCUACAGUACUACAGUACUUCUAGUUGCAUUGCAGCCACUCAGUAUUGACCUGGUUACUCUAUUGAUGUACCUUGAAUGUUCCUAACUGACCUAAUGUAACUCUGUCGUCAUAUUCAUGUUUCCUAGUCAAUUAAAUGUGUUUCAACGUUGCUGAUACAUGCGCGAGCAGUCCAAACCGCAUUUAUAACAAAAUUAAUUAUUUUUAAUAUGUUGAAUAAAAGGAUAUGUUAGUGCUUCAAGGUGUUGUAAGCUAGAAGUAGACCAUAAAUGAAACCAAUUUUGAUUGUUAACUUAUGCAAAGUGAAAGAAGAUGUUUUUAUGUGAAUAAUAGUUUUUUAUUGGUUUCUGUAAAGACAGUUUAGUAAAUUUCAUGACUAAUAAUGGACUGUAUGGAUUUAACUGAAUUAUAUAAAUACGAGGGAGGUACUCAAAAGAAAUCAAAGUUAUUUUAAAAGCUACAAUACUAAUUCAUAACAACUUAAUGUUAUUUCCUAUCUUAUGACACCUACAGUAUAAGUCCUCCAUGAAUCAGGUCUUAUUAACGAACACUGUUGCACAAUUUUGUUUUCAAUUUCCAAAUAAAAAGUUUGAACCUUGUGGAAAAAAUCCGCAUGGACUUUUUUUCUUUUCGCCUGGUCGUCCAGAACGAGGUUUUCAUAUAACCUACAUUUUAAACACAAGAUAUCCACUCGUCUUAUGUAACAGCUGAUUUAAACUAUUUUAGUACCAUUUUUAGUCAACAAUAAGCAAAAUUCUCAAAUGUACAUUGUUUCCUUAAACUCGCCAACAUAUAGUACAAAGGCAGGAAGAAACAGGUAUGGAAAAAAAAUAAUAGCAGGAGACGAACAGAACCAGUCAGGUCAACGACACAAGUAGCACUGAACUGGCAGAGCAGUUUUUUCGCCUAGCGGGAGAAAUACGUACUAAAUAAGCUCCGCCCCUGCAGUGAUACCUUGGUUUCUUUUGGUUACCCUCUCGCUUGCAGUACUUUUAUUAAGAAAAGUUAAAAAUAAAUUAUUUGUUUAUAGUAAAAAUAAAUUUCAAUCCUAUACAUAUAUAUUUACUUACUAAAUUAUAUUUCUAAGAACAGGAUGACCGUUUAUGUGCAAGACAAUCUAUGCAGAAAUACACAUAUAGCUUAUAUUAUUCAUUAUAAAGUGAAUGUUUUAAAAGAGAUUAGCAUUUACAGUUGAAUUUUUGAACAUACUGUAGUCAACUCUCAUAAAGAUAUUGUAGGUAUUUUAUGGAAUACUUAUGGGUUCGGAUACAAGUUUAGCUUACUAUGACAAUCCUACCCACUCUUUGCCUUAGUCUUGCCUGUGCUCUCCAACAAGGACACACAGAAGUAUAUGUAUUAAAACACGAAUAGAAGUUCUCAGAUUUCAUUAUCUAAACACAAAAAAUUACGCUGUUUUAAAAUGUUCUAAUUCAAAGUUCCAUUUUCUAAUUUUUUAAAGAAUGACCGUUAUGAGUCCUAGGGAGACAAAUGAUUGUUUACUAUAGAAGAGGCCUAUCAUGUUGAGUGUUUAAUAAGAAAAGGGAUAAUGUAGUUUUGUCCUUAGAGGAGUUUCAAGGUUGUUUUGCCCAAAAAUAAAACAAAACUGUUAAGUUUUGUGGUUACUACAAUUUCACAAUGCCUUAUUUAAUGAACAAAUAGAAAUAUUUAUUAAAAUUAUCGUAAAUUUCACAGAAACGUGUUUUUGACUCCACGGAAUUGUCAGUGUGUUGAUUCCCUACCAUAUCCCAAGCAAUAUUUGUCUGUCAGUCUGUCUGUUGUAUGUAUGUUUCCAUGUUGUAUGAUCUCAAAUUAAGUGUACAGUUGUUGUAGCGAUAUCCGCUGUACCGCUGUUUGUAAAUAGGAUGUAACUCAGUUAAAUGUUAUAUUUUAAAGUAAAAUUUUGUUGUUAUUUUCCUUAAAA